ACCGACGACUACGCGCAUCUGAAGCGCGCCAAAGGGCGCUCGGCGUCGAUCUGCGCGGCGAGCUCCGCGAGCAUGGAGAUGCUGCCGCCGACACCGGACUCGGCCGGCACGCCGGUGCAGCAACGCCGGCGGCGGCCUGCAGCCCGCUCCCAAAGCGCACGCAUCGCCGGCGGGCGGUCAGUGCGGAAACGCGCCGCUGCAAACGCCGCCGCCGCGAACGCGAACAACGCGAACGUGAAGAACUGCAGCAGUGAGCCGAAGCUGGACCAGCAGACCGAUGGGCAUACACCGGAUGUAUCGCCAAAUAUUCGCAGGAAAGGAUCCACGACUGCCUCACGAAGAGGCACAUCUGUAUACCAUCGUAAAUCUGCUGCAUUCUUGGAUGUCCCCGACAAUCGCAGCUAUUCGAAUAGCAACAAUGCCAACGAUGAAGACGAGGAUUCAUAUCGGCUUAGAUCAUUUAGCUUCAACUCCAAAGGCAAAGGAAUUAUCAAUCGUGGUGAUUCUUUUCGUCGACGACGUUCACGCAGCAACAGUUUGUGUCCGCCAUUGGGCACACCCUCACCAUGCGAGGACUCGGAUGCCGCUGGGGACAUUUCCCGCUACACGGUGGCUCUUUUGGGCACGCAGGGCGUGGGCAAGACGGCGCUCAUCAGUCAGUUUAUGACGUCGGAAUGCAUCAAUGCCUACGAUGGCACUAAAGAUAUGUUGGGAAGUCAAGCAGUGUCAAUAAUGUUGAAUGGCGAAGAAUCAGAGCUCACUUUUGCAAACAUCUCAAAUUCCAAGGAUAUUGACAGAAUUAACCCACCUGAUGCGUUUGUCAUCCUUUAUUCGGUGGUGGAUAAAGCAAGUUAUUUGAAAGCAGAAGGUGAACUUGCGCGUUUGCAAGAUGCCGAACUUUUACGCACGAGGCCCGCCAUCUUAGUCGGAAAUAAAGUGGAUUUGGCUAGGAGUCGAGCUGUAUCAACCCAAGAUGAAUGCUUAGCAUGCACGUUCCGCGCAAAAUUCGUCGAGAUAUCAGUAGGCAUCAAUCACAACGUCGACGAAUUACUGGUCGGCAUCCUCACGCAGAUUCGGCUCAAAAGUUAUCAGAAUGAAGCGUGCGAAGCCAGCCAACAGCAAUGGUUCAAGAGUCGUGGCGUUGUGCGCGCUAGCAUGAAAGCACGCCAGAUGUUCACGUGGCUCUUUGGCAAAGAGGACUCCAAGUUCAAGAACUGCGAGAAUCUGCACAUCCUCUAGCUUCCACGCGUGCGCACUAGUUAGUUAAGUUUCUAUCAUUUUGUAAAAUUAUUCAUAAAACAAGCAUACUAACAUAUAGACUUAUCUAACAUUUUCAAACAUUUAAUUUAAACUGUUUCCACAAGGCAGAAACAAAAACAUGAACAGAAAACUUGUAAAUGUGAAUGUAAAGUAAUCUUAAAAGUUACACAACUUUCAGGCCUAACUGUAUAACUUCGACAAAUGUGUGUGGAGCGCACAAAUUGUAAAAGUGUAGCGCAGCGCCCUCUAACAUAAUCAAACCGAACCAAAAUCAAUCAUGUCGACCAAUACCUACCUUCUCAUAAUGGCAAUCUGUAUCUGUUGUCGCGCAAAAACUGAUUGUAAACGACUAACAAAACAAAACAAGAGUAUAUAGAUUAAUGUGUAUAAAAAUAAGUUAGAGCCGUGAGAGAAACGCAUGCGAAUGUGAGUGAACGAAGUGUGUGAGUGUUCGAAAUUAUAAUGCGGCCGCUGCUCCGCACCAUUGAUUAAUAAAUGACAAUAAAUCGGA